AGCUUCGUCUCUGCAGCCUCUCUUCCUAUUUAAAGAGCUCCCCUUUCCCUUCCGAUUCCAGCGACUCGCUAAUUAGUCCUUUGGGAAAGAGGAAAAGUGGUGUGGCCAUGGCGACGACAGAACAGAGCUCAUCCACCUACGGCAAGACGGGGCCGGAGACGGGCAACGGCGGAGCCGCCUUCGCGCACCGGCGUCCUCCGACCAACCUGUUCCGUGUUGAUUUCUUGCUGAGGCUGUUGCUGUUGGCGUCGUCGGUGUCGGCUCUGGUGGUGCUGGUGACGAGCAAUCAGAGCAGGGAUUUCCGGACCGGCCUCCCGCCGCCAUUGGCCGUCGUCUCCAGGGCGGCCAAGUUCCAGCACGUCCCUGCCUUCAUAUAUCUCUUGGCGGCCCUCUGCGUCUCCAGUCUGUACAGCUUCGUCACCAUGUUCGCCUCCUUCUUCUCCAUCUCGAACCCCUCGCCGUCCGCCAGAAUCCUCUUCCUUCUCAUCCUCUGCGACGCGUUGAUGGCCGGAGUGAUGGCGUCGGCGAUGGGGAGCGCCGGGUCGAUCGCGUACCUGGGGCUGAGGGGGAACUCGCACGCCAACUGGUUAAAGAUCUGCAACACCUACGGCAAGUUCUGCCGCCACAUCGGGAGCUCCGUCGCCGUCUCGCUCGUCGCCACCGUCGUCCUCGUCCAACUCGUCGUCCUCUCCUCCUACUCACUCUAUCGCCGGACUCUGUAGUUAAAACAUAUAUUUAAUUUAAUUACUGCACUUGGGUCGUUAAUUUUAUCUGUUAUUUUCUUAAGCAAUUGUAGCUAGCGAAUUAAAUUAACAGCGUGUUCUGUAUUUAGUAUGUAUACGGGUGGUUAAUUAUCUUCGGCGUUAAUCCA